UUCCUCAAGUUUGCACACUGAUACAUCACAUGCAUGUAGGCUGACAAAAACCCUAUCAAGAUUCAAGAGCAUCAACUUCAAUUCCUGGUGCGAUCGAUCAUGGAAAAUCGGCGCCGGUGCUCCAGAUCCAAGGCUGUGAGGCGUCUGCGCAGCCUCCUCGCCCUCGCCUCAGACUAUCUCAAGUACCUCUUCAUGAACCGUCGCCGGCUCCUGCGCAAGGUGGCGAACCGGACCCUCGCCGUGCUCUCCUACCACGGCAAGAGCAGUAAACACCUGCCGCCAUACUGGACUCCUCGCUUGUCAAUGGAGCACGAGUUCUCGUGCAGCGACAGCCCUUGCCCAGCCUUCCUCGCAGCCAAGAAGCUCCAGUCAAGACUGAAGAAACGCGGUGCGGCAGCUGGGGCCGCCAUCUCUUCAUGCUUUGGUGGCGGCCGUCGAGCCUCGUACGAGGCGCCGCCACUGACACUAGCGACGGAGGAGAGGAAGGAUGACAUGAUUGAAGAGGAGGAGGAAUAUGAGGCUGACGGGUGCGCGUGCUGUGAGCUUGAGCAUGACGUGGACUGCAGGGCGGAGGAGUUCAUCAAUAUGUUUUAUGCGCAGCUCAGGGCUCAGAACUAGCUCUCCCGCCGUUUUGCAGUGAUCUGUACUUAAUUGCCAUGACUCGCGAGCAUGACACUCAGACACUGUGAGACUGAGAGUUCAGAGCUAGCGAUUUGAGCUAGAGUUCAGAGCACGAGUGACAGAGUACAUGAGAGUCCAGUUCUUGACUAGUCUUCGCUUUUGUGGAAGGAUGGGCCAGCUUGUGUAAGUUUAUUUUGAGUUUUUCGUGGAGUGCUAUUAAUGUAAGCGAGUGUUAUGCUUA